AUGCCUGUCGAUUCCAAUGAGCAUAUUGGGAUUGUACUGAGUCGGAUUAGAAACUUGGAAGAUGACGAUCGCAGAGAGAUUCUUCAGAGAUGCUACGGCCUCGAAGAUACAGAGGUGGAGAAUGUCUUGGACGCGAAUGAGCAUUGCCUCAUCCGCAUUUACCUUGGUAGGAGCUCCGACGACGACGAGUUGGACUAUGCCAGGGACUCUGUCUCGGACUCCAUCAUGGAAGAUGCCACGGAGGAGGCCGCGAUUACCAUCUUCGACAAUGUGAAUCUCUCCGGAUACCUCGACCAUAUCAUCAACGCCCGCGAAGGGAUUGAAGCGAAACACGCGCUGAAAGCCUUUGCGCGAGAGAUCGCAUUCGGCUACGCCUUACUCCACUGGGGAGCUCGCCUGGAUGGUAGGGGAGUAAAAUUCCUCUUGGGCUCGUCUCCAACUGGAGUUGGAAAGCGAUUGUACAUGCUCGACUUCAAGGACUGCCGUCCGAUCGGAGAAUUGACCGCUCGAUGUGUCCUAGAUCAGCUUAUCCCUGCGGCGUUUGAAAACGAUCCAUAUAUUCCGCGGGCUACCACUUGGGGCGACAUCAAUGAAAAAGUAUGGUGCAUGAGAUCCAGGAAGCGUGUCUUCACUUACAGAAGCCACCAAGCGUGCGCCUGGAAGGCCUUUAUGGGGUAUUACCUUCAGGCCAGCGCUAAAAUCUGGGAGGCCUCUGAUCGUGAUUUUGACCCUUGUUUGCCCGGAAUUUUCAUCAAAGAACUCAAGAUGGGGUUUUUCGAGCAGGAUGCUGAGAGGUAUGUGGAUGGUGUUUCUGAUCGCCACCUCGCGUCAGAGGACGGGACCCAUCAUCAGACAGAGGGCUAUUCUGCGGAGUCUGAGCAGGGAGAAAGCGGCAGCGAACAAGACCCUGAGUAUUAUGACGAUGACGAGGAUGACCUGAGCCAGGAUGACCAGAGCCAGCUUGACCGUGAGUCCUUUGAUAACGACCAGUAUGGAGACGACGGGUACGAUUCGGAUGCAAUGGACAUCGAUGACUCGUCGGAGGGAGAAGAAGACAGCGACGAGGAUGACGACGACUACGAUGAUGUGGACUAG